CCUCCUUCUCCUCCUGUAGGUGAACAGGUGGCGAUCAAGAUCAUGGAGAACAUCGGGGAGAACCUGGAGGAGAUAGAGGAAGAGUAUCUGAUCCUACGAGACCUGAGCAUUCAUCCCAACCUGCCUUCCUUCAUCGGCAUCUUCUUCAAGCGGGGCGCCGUCAGAGAGGAGGACCAGGCAUGGCUUGUCAUGGAGUUCUGUCCUCGAGGCUCGGUGACUGACUUGGUGCAGGCGCUAAUCAGGCGAGGACAACGACUGACGGAGAAACAGCUUGGUUAUAUCCUGAAGGAGACCAUUGAUGCAAUGGUCUACCUGCACCAGAACCACGUGAUGCAUCGAGACAUCAAGGGCCACAACAUCCUCCUCACUGAGCAAGCCAACAUCAAGCUUGUGGACUUCGGCGUGUCCUCUCACCUCGCUUCCUCCUGGGGUCGCCGCAACACCUCCGUCGGCACCCCCUACUGGAUGGCCCCCGAGGUAAUAGCGUGCGAGCAGCAGCUGGACUACAGUUACGACGUGCGGUGUGACGCGUGGUCGCUGGGCAUCACGGCUAUCGAACUGGCUGAUGGGGAACCGCCGCUCUCAGACAUCCACCCGAUGCGAGCACUCUUCCAGAUCCCCCGUAACCCGCCGCCGACGCUGGACCGGCCUGUGGAGUGGACUAUGGAAUUCAAUGACUUCAUCGCUGAGUGUCUGGUAAAGGAUUUCGAGCAGCGCCCCACCGCCAGGGAGCUGCUGCAACACCCCUUCAUCAAAGCCGUGCCCCACAACCCGGAGGAGGUGCGUCGUGAGCUGGUGUUGCUUCAGAAUGACCUGAGGAAGAAGAACCAGAUGAUCCAGAAGGACCCGGAGACCACCAUCAAGGGCGGGGCUCUCAAGGCAGACAGACGCACCAAGAGGACACCGCUCUGGAUGGACGACCUCGCUUGCCUGGAGCGCCUGACGGAGGAGGUAAUCGUGGACCACAUGGAGCGGCGUUACCAGACAGACCAGAUCUACACUUACAUGGGCGACAUCCUGAUAGCAGUCAACCCCUUCAAGGAACUGGGCGUGUACGGCGACAAGGAGUCGCGUCAAUACCGAGGGAUGGUGAAGAGUGAGAACCCGCCCCACAUCUUCGCAAUGGCAGACAACGCCUACCACAACAUGCUGCACCAGAAACAGCAGCAAUGCAUCGUCAUCUCUGGGGAGUCAGGCGCUGGUAAGACUGAGAGUGCCAAUUUUCUCCUGAAGCAGCUCGUCACUCUCGGCAAGGCACCCAAUCGUAACCUGGAGGACAAGAUCUUACAAGUGAACCCAAUCAUGGAAGCCUUCGGUAACGCCAAGACAGGUAUUAAUGACAACUCUUCCCGCUUUGGCAAAUACCUGGACCUCACCUACACCAGACUGGGCAAGGUGACUGGUGCCAAGAUCUCUGUGUACCUCCUCGAGCAGUCCAGGGUGGUGAGGCAGGCAGAAGGCGAGCAGAACUUCCAUAUCUUCUACUACAUGCACGACGGUCUGGAGGCGGAGGACAAGCUAAUGCAGUACUGUCUAGACAAGAGCAAGAGGGACAAGCAUCGUUACCUCGCGGGGUCCAACUGGAGCAAGAGUAAAAGCCAGGCCAACGUGGAACAAUUCAACAAGGUGGUGGAAGGUUUCAAGUCUCUGGGUUUCCGUGACGACGAGCUGGACUCCGUGUACAGAAUCUUGGCCGCUGUGAUUAACUUGGGUGACGUGGACUUCUACCAGACCAUCGACAAGGACAACAUGGAGCAGGCGGCAGUGAAGAACGUGGAGCAGAUCAAAGUGGUAUCGGAGCUGCUGGGGAUCGACCCUUCGGACCUGACGGAGGCGCUGACGUCCAACAGUGUGGUGACCAAGGGAGAGAUCAUCACCAGGAACAACACGGUGGAGGAGGCGGUGUGCACGCGGGACGCCAUGGCCAAGGCGAUGUACGGCCGCCUCUUCGAUUGGAUUGUCAACAACAUCAACAGACUCCUCUCCUUCUGCAGGAUUGUCUAUGGCGAGAACCUGGCUGUGGGUCUGCUCGAUAUCUUUGGCUUCGAGAACUUCCAUACCAAUUCCUUCGAGCAACUGUGCAUCAAUAUUGCCAACGAACAGAUCCAGUAUUUCUUCAACCAGCACAUCUUUACGUGGGAGCAGCAGGAGUACAUGUCUGAAGGGAUUGAGGUGGACAUCAUUGAAUUCGCGGACAACAGGCCCGUCCUGGACAUGUUCCUGGCCAAGCCCUUGGGUCUGCUGGCGCUGCUGGACGAGGAGAGCCGCUUCCCCAAGGCCACCAACCAGUCCCUUGUGGACAAGUUCCACGACAACAUCAAGUCCCAGUACUACAUCAAGCCCAAGGCACAGGGUCUGGACUUCACGGUGCGUCACUUCGCCGGCAAGGUGGCGUACGGCGGCCAUCAGUUCCUCGAAAAGAACAGAAACUUCCUCCCCACCGAAGUGAUUCAGCUGUUCCGCCAGAGUUCCCACGACACGAUCCGGUUCCUAUUCCAGUGCCCGCUGACAAAGACUGGUAACUUGUACUACGCCACGCCCAGGUCUUCCCCACGCAACACCAUGGGUCGCUCCAAGUCCAGCCAAGGCAGCACCAAGACGCAGUACGACAGCCGCGGCCUCGCUUCACAGACCAAGGCGCAGCAGACAGUGGCCACCUACUUCAGGUACUCACUAAUGGACCUCCUGCAGAAGAUGGUGAAUGGAUCGCCGCACUUCGUCAGGUGCAUCAAGCCCAACGACGACAAGGACGCCAAUCACUAUGACAAGAAGAAGGUGCAGCGCCAACUCCGCUACGCCGGCGUGAUGGAAACAGUGAGGAUCAGACAACACGGGUUCUCCAAUCGUAUCCCCUUCGCUGAGUUCCUUAGAAGGUACUGCUUUCUGGCCUUCAACUUUGACGAGCGUGUGACGGCAUCGAGGGAGAACUGUCGCCUGCUUCUGAUUCGCCUGAAGAUGGACGGGUGGGCGCUGGGCAAGACAAAAGUGUUUCUAAAGUACUACCACGUGGAGUACCUCACCAAGAUGUACGAGAAACAGAUCCGCCGCAUCAUACAAGUGCAAGCGUGUGUGCGGCGGUGGCUGGCCAAAAUACGUGUGCAGAAGGAAAAGUGGGCCCUGGCACGCUCUGUCCUCACCCUUCAGAGAUUCACCCGAGGCUGGAUUUCCCGCAAGAGGUACCAGGAGGAGGCGAGCAAGAGGCUGGAUCUGAAGAGGCUGCCACCUCCACCCAAGGGCCCAGCGCCUGCCCCGCCUGUGAAUAAGAAGCUCGAACGACAGGACUCAGGUCAGCAAUGGAUGAAGGCAAAGAUGAUGGGAGCCCUUGGUGCGCAGUCCUCCAUUGAAAAAGAGGACGAGAAGGAGGCGAAGAAGAAGAGGAAGGCGCCCGCACCGGAUAAGAAGGCGCCCACACCAGAUAAGAAGGCGCCCACACCAGAUAGCAAGUCUCCAGGGCCUCUGUCGCAGGAAGAGGCUGCCAUCAUUAUUCAGGCCUACUACAAGGGCUACCGCACCCGGAAGGAGUGGGGCCCCGUGCUAGAGGAGCGACUCAGCAGGGUGGUGGAGAAGCACUUGGACAACGCGGAGGAGGCGUCCAAAGCCCUCGAGGCUGAAGGUCUCUCCCCGGACGAGGCGGCGAUGAUCAUUCAGAAGUUCUGGGGGAAGUACAAGAAGAGGAAGGAGCCGGAGAAACCCAAGGAAAGCAAGGCAGAGGAAGGGAAGGCACCUGGGAAGAAUCUCGGCCGGUACACAAACAGCAAGAGAAUGACAGAUCUGAUUAUGUUCUCCCAGCAAGUGCACAUGGAAAAUCAGGAAACACACAAGUUCCUACGAAAACACAAGGCUGGGAUUCGCCUGGAGGAGGUUCGCAAACCUGACUCGAAUUACAAGCGUCCCAAAGGAUUCGACAAUAUUCCCCAAGCGAUCAACGAGCAGAGGAAGAAGGCGCCACCCGUCCCGGCAAGUAGCAACAACUCUAACGUCCGGCCCCUCAUCAAGAUUACCUCCACUGACAACCAAGUCUCCAAUUACUACGACUUCCUACAGGAGGAGAUGAGGAGGGCGGCGACGGAGGCAGGCGUGAAGGUCGACCUAAGGGAAGAGAAGAUAAAGAUAGUGCGUGAAGGCCUCAAGUCCCAGGCGAAGGAGAACGAGGAGAGAGGAGAGGAGAACAUCCGUCAGUGGAAGGGCGCGGUGGCUCUUGGUGCAGGGGUGCCGCCCCCGGAAUGGAGUACGGGACGCGGCCCAUCCCCUACCACUAACAUGAAGGCUGCAUCUGACCUCCGCCAAAUGCUUCGUUCUGACGCCACCAAGAAGACAGCACCACCUCCACCUCCUGUAGCCAAGGAAGUCAAGAGGGUGGAAACCAAUGAUGACGAUGUGGGUCCUUUCAACUUCCGGCAGAUGCUCAGAAAAACCAACUACGCCCCCACGGACACUAUUAGGAAGAGGCAGCUGAAGAGAGAUGGACACAAUGGAUACGGAGCAGAAUACCAGAUGUAAAUAAAAGACCCAACCAUUGAGGAAUGUUUAUCCUGUCCCUCUUCAUCUCGCCAUAGCAAGAUGACAUGACCGUAAAUCCUUCGAAAAUAAAAAGAAGUUGAAAUUGAUGGAACCUGAAAAUCCACAAAACCAUCGUGUAAGUGAAAGCAGAAAAGAAAAGAAAAAAAAACAUAUGAAAGAAGUUCCAUCGACGUCUAUACAUGAGAUUGUCAAGAUUAUGAGAGCUGAACGAAGAGAGUAGCAACAAUAAUCCAAAGAAAAAACACACCUGAACUAUUUGUCUAUAUCUGUAUAUAAACAAAAUAACACCACACAUGCACACAGCUUGUAGUGUUGGCCACAUCUGAGACAGCUGCACUCGUCUAAAAAGUGUUUAGCGUGUUACAAAAGUCCCCUGCCCUGAUCUGCUGUUAAGAAUCCAUCAGUUGACAGUUUGUGAUCUUAGGAAACUUUAGAGGAAGGAAGGCCAGAGUGAAGUGAGAGGCUUAAGAAUGCGAGAUUUCUGACAGUGGCUGCACCAAAUGAAUGGCAAGGAAGAGAAGACAGUAGAUGUGAAAGACUAAUAAAAGUAGUUAACACAAGGAACAGUAACAAAUAAAAAAAAAAUCAAACAUACAUAAGAUUGAAAUAAUUAGACCAAAAAAAAACUAUAUGUUACAUGAAAAUGAUUUACACCAGAUGUGCAGAUUAAAUCAUUCGGAACUAGCUGUGAAACUAGAAAUAGAGAAAUCAUUAUCUUACAGGCCAGAGACCUUUAUGAACAAAUUGAUUUAUUAUCUAUCAUUUUUCUGGUCAGUAGUGUACUUAUAUGAAAUUACAGGUGAUAAUUGUACGUAGUGAGAAAACAAGAAGGAUUACGUGCUUAAAAAUAUGUAUCAUGUCCUUCAAUACACACACACACACACACACACACACACACACACACACACACACACACACACACACACACACACACACACACACACACACACACACACACACACACACACACACACACA